CUUUGGUUUAAUAUUUUCACAUUUAUUUUAUAACUUCUUGGGAAUGUUUUAACAACAAUAAUAAUUCUUUCUACUAUAGGCACAAGGUUUAAAAUUUUUGGGGAGAGAGCUAGUCGAUUAUAUCAACUCCAUUGCGCAAAAUAAGUACCAGUUGGACACUGUGCCCCAACACUCCCAAAAUUUCAGGCCUUGUGUCUAUAGUAAAAAAGAAUAGUUAUUAUUGUUUAGGGGUUAGUAUAUUUAUCUGGUAAUUGUUGCAAUUAAGAUUGUCUACGGCUUAACCAGUUUGUAAUAAGUUUAUAGAAAUGUGGUAGUAUGAUUUUUAUUUUAUUUAUUGGCUUUCCGAAGUAAAUGUGCGAGUAGGGAACUUCUUUGAAGAAAUGAUUUUAAAUUGGUUUCGAAGUCCCUCACAAAUUUCAAAUAGUUUUGUUUGUCCAGUUGCUAAGUGACUGGGUUGGCAGUAUAUAUCUCCAGUAUUAGAGAGUAACCGUUCUACUUGUAAAGGCGCCAAUUUUAAGGACUCCUUUACUAAUGGAUGGGAAAUUAAUUAAGAAAUUCAAAUCUCCGUUGAUCAAGAACGCUGGAUCUGAAGAAGUUUUGAAUGAUGGCCUUUGUCAACGUCUCCAAGACAUGGAAUCAGAAUUGUCUGCUACUAACCAAAAGAUUGCUGAACUUGAAAGCAUGGGUAUGUCAAAAGAAGAGCUGCAGGUUUACAUAAAAAAACUUCAUAUGUAUAAUGAAGUAAAAGACUUAGCACAGACACUCCUUGGCAAAUUAGCACUUAUGGAGAACCUGUGUACAAAAGACUUAUAUGGACGUUACCAGCUCAACCUGGAAGAUUAAACACAACCACUUGAUGACAGCUUUUAGUAGAGAAUUUUCAGCCUCCAAUGUUAACCUCUCAUCAGCUGUGAACUUUUUUCUGUAUAUUGGUGAGGGAGAAGAUUUUUGUAAGAUGAUGGGUAACAUUAAUUUAUUAAUAAUGAUUUUAAAAAAUACAAAAAAAUAAGCUUAUCAGAAUGAAACUGAAAAUAAAAUUUAAAUAAAAUAAAAUAUAUAAACACUUGAA